GUUUCCUGAUUACAUCCAAAGAACACCACGGACGAAAUCUUCUCGUGUCAUCGCGACUGGAUCCUAGGUCGUCUGGAAGGCAUAAUGUGCCGUAAUGGAGAGAGCGACCCGUCAUAAAUCUUGCGUAGCAUGUAUACAAACGAAGCGAAAGUGCGACCGAACGCAGCCGAAAUGCCAGCGCUGUAUUUCGAGAAACUCUGACUGCGAGUACAUUGGUCGAAGGAGAGGACGGCACCAGCCGGUAGCGGAGAGCUCUGCACCCGUUACGGCCGUUGACUGGCGACCCUCAACCAUGGAAAUGGAGUCCUUGAUUCCGGCAACACAAUUCUCCCCGAGUAUCAAUGAAGACAUCUUCGAGUUCCCGCACCAUCCUUUCAACUUGUCGUUCGAUAGCAGAUCACUCGCACCCAGUAUCGGCGAUCUUACUAGCCCACCGCACUUAAACACCAUUGAUCCUGACACCAGGCUCUACGCCCGCGUAGCGUUCUGCGCAGCUCGCCUCUCCCUCGUCCCAAAUGUCUUCGCAAUAUCGGGUCAGACUAUGUUUAUCCACCGCCAAGUGUUCCAAACACUCCAAACCACAGCUCUGCAACAAGCAAUGAGUGCGUGUGCGCUCUACUGCAUGAGAACACCAACCACAAAAGCAAUCGUUCACCAAGUCUUACAACACAAUGUCCACCAUCUCCUUGGCAAUAUCGACCCAGCUACAGUCUCAAACGUCGAUCUCCUUGCUGCACUGCAGGCUCUUCUUCUGUAUCAGUUCAUGCGCCUCUUCGAUGGGGACAUCCGACUGCGCGCCGCCGCCGAAGCUGAUGAGCCUACAACUGUGUUGUGGGCAAGUGAAUUGCGCACACGCGCGUGUGCUGUGACGUUGCCUCUCCACCCCAUCGCAACAUUCUCACGUAAUCCAGAGGACUGGCAAGUGUGGCUGUUCAGUGAGAGUAUCCGGCGUACCGUUGUGACUACAUUUCUGCUACGCGGGGUCUACAACUACCUCAAGACUGGUACUGAUAGUCCCACAGUAGUGGGCGUGUAUUUCACGGUGCAAGAGGGACUGUGGAAUGCGCAGAGCGAGAGUGGGUGGUCGAGGGCGAGAGACGAGAGGCUGGAACUCCAGGUACUAGUCAGUGCCUGGGAUGAAGUCAUGACAAUAGCCAGCCCGAAUGACCUGGAAGAGCUUGGCGUACUAGUAAUGAGUAUGCUCUGGGGUCUGAAAGCUACACAGGACUGGUUGGGUCGCGAGCUGAGUCUAAAGUAUGGUCUAGACGCCCCCACAUAGAUUAUAUGUACUGGUUAGCUCAUAGUACCUAGACAGACUGCUAUGUUCAUGAUUAGUAUUGUUGUAUUUUAGCCUAAUCUUGAGUUUGCCUAUGUUUCAACCUAUA